AUGGCAGCCAAGAUCACAGUCGGUCAGGUUCCGGCCAUGUUUGCCCGACGUCAGCAGAAGGUGUUCGGUGUCGGCAGACGCCUGCAAUCCACCUCUCCUACAACCCAGAACCCCGCCUAUCCCCUCUACCCCUCCGUCGCUCAGCUCCUCCGUGAGAAGGGCAUCUCCAAGUCCGAUGUCUCCAAGAUCCCAGCCUCGGGCCCCAAGGGUCGUCUGUUGAAGGGUGACGUGCUUGCAUAUAUCGGCCAGAUUCCCGCGGACUACCCGUCAACCCAGGCCGCCACUCUGGCCAAGCUUUCCCACCUCGAUCUGAGCAACAUCAAGAUCGCCCCGGCCCCGGCCCCGGCCGCGCCGGCUGCGGCCGAAGAGAAGAUUGCCGCCGAGCCCUUGCCCAUGACUUCCGUCGCGAUCUCCAUCUCCCUGGCUGCCGUGCUGUCUACCCAGAAGAAGCUCCAGGAUAACUUGGGUGUGACGGUCCCGCUGUCCCGCUUCCUUGCCGUGGCUACAGACCUUGCCAACGACGACCUGCCCCGCUUGGCUAGUUUCAAGCCCUCCGCCGAUGAGCUUUUCGAUGAGGUUCUCGGUGCCGAGCCGAUCAACACAUCACGCGGUGAUUACGUUCCCGAGGUGAACGCUUUCGAGGCUCCUAAGACUGUCCGCUCUAAGCCUGUCACCGAGGACCUGAUCGAUUUCCUUAGUGCUAAAUCGUCCAAGAAGUCUGUCCCCCCGGCUUCGGUUGAGGGCUCCUCUGGCGUUGCCUCCAAUGUUUUCAGCUUGACCAUCCCUGUUGGUGAGGAGGUCCGCGCUAAGGAAUUCCUGGCGCGAAUCAAGACUCUUCUCUCAGUUGAGCCGGCGCGGUUGGUGCUUUAG